AAAUUCUAUUAAAUUGAUGUUACAAUCAGAAGAUUUUCUAUAUAAAGUAAAAUUUAAAGAAAUUCCUAAAAAUAUAAAUUUUCAAUCGACUCAAACGAAAGGAUAUAAAUUUGUUUAUUAUGCAUUUCCUAAUUGUGAUUCAAUAUUAAAAAUAACUUCAAAAUUUGUUAGUAGAUUUGAUGUUAUUAUUAAUUCAACUCAGAGAAAAUAUUCUUUUGAAAAAGGAAAGGAUAGUUUUUAUAAAUUAUUAGAUAGAUAUUCCAAGAUUAUUAAAAAUAUUCAUGAAAAAGAUAGUCAAUAUUAUCUUAAAAACUCAACUAGUGAAAAUUUUUUUUGUUUAACAAUUACAAAUAUUUUUUUUAAAGAUCUAUAUUCAUAUUAUAGAUUUAGAGAAAUGGUGAUGAAAUUUUUAAAACAAAAAUCUGGAUCGUUUUUGCUGACGUUUAAAGAUGAUAAUUUUGAUAUUAAAUUAAUUUUGAAUGGUUUGGAUAUCAAUUAUGAUUAUGAGGAAGAAGUUAGUUUAAAACGAAAUAUAUUUUUUACUUGUAAUCAAGAUAGAAAUUAUUUGUUAAAAGUUAAUUUUGAUGUUAUUGAAGGAAAUAUUAAUGAGGAUACCGAUGAGAUAGUUUUUAAUUAA